AUGACGGGUUUAACCUCGGGGUGCGUCUCCUCUUCUGGGGGAGUCUGGGACACGCAAGCGGUUGGAGGUGCUUGUCGGGUGGGAUGGCGGCUGCGGCGGGAGGUGUCCGGGGAAGCCGCGCACCACAAACCCUUUAAAUUUGAUCUUUGUCUGUAUUUUCAGGUAACUGAGCUGAAUGAGCCUCUCUCAAAUGAGGAUAGAAACCUGCUGUCUGUAGCCUACAAGAAUGUAGUUGGAGCUAGACGAUCUUCCUGGCGUGUCAUCAGCAGCAUAGAGCAGAAGACUAUGGCAGAUGGGAAUGAGAAGAAGCUGGAGAAGGUUAAAGCCUAUAGGGAGAAGAUAGAAAAGGAGCUUGAGACAGUCUGCAAUGAUGUUUUGGCUCUCCUAGAUAAAUACUUGAUCAAGAACUGCAAUGACUUCCAAUAUGAGAGCAAGGUCUUUUAUCUGAAAAUGAAAGGGGAUUACUACCGCUAUUUGGCAGAAGUUGCUGCUGGAGAGAAGAAGAACACUGUUGUGGAAGCCUCAGAAGCUGCCUAUAAAGAGGCAUUUGAAAUCAGCAAAGAGCACAUGCAGCCCACUCACCCAAUUAGGCUUGGGCUGGCACUCAAUUUCUCAGUGUUCUACUAUGAAAUCCAGAAUGCUCCUGAGCAGGCCUGCCUUUUAGCCAAACAAGCCUUUGAUGAUGCCAUAGCAGAGCUGGACACACUAAAUGAGGAUUCCUACAAGGACUCCACUCUCAUCAUGCAGUUGCUUCGAGAUAACCUCACUCUGUGGACGAGUGAUCAGCAAGAUGAAGAGGCAGGAGAGGGCAAUAAUUAAAAAGCUUUCCUCUGAUCCCUCUUUCAUCCACUUCACCAUCCCCAUCAUCACCAAUAUUUCCUUGCCACAGUCACACUAAAUAUCUAGUGCUAAGCAUAUCUGUAUUGUACAGCUGUUCAGAUCUGCUGUCCACUUUAUGAAGAAGCAGUUUCAGAUGAGUCUUCAUGGGCGUUGUUGGAUUGAUUGGUUUAUUUGCCCUAUUUAUCUUAGUUGCACUUGAGCAGUGCAGAAACAUGCAUAGUAAAAUGAGGCACUUUUAGUUUGCCUGUUGAUUGGAAAAUAUGGGAAAGAAUAACGGAAAGUGAAUGAAGAUCAUUAGAUUCCAGUCAAUUUCAUUUGAAAUGAGCUGACAGUUCUGUUAAGCAGUACAUUUUGUGCAUGCAAAGUAAAUUAGCCACCCCAAAUUUUUUUCAGUCAAUGGAAACAGUUAAGCUGAUAUGAAAUGACAACCCUGUUCAUCAGUUUACAAUAAAAUGUUUGAAAUGUGAGGUUUCAGUAGCAAUUUGGGGUUUUUUUGCCUCUAACUUAUGUGCACAGUUUCUUUUAAUGCAGUACAUCUACCUAAGAGUUUUGAUACUUGUAACCUUUUGCAGUUGUUUUGAAGAAUCAUGAAUUUAUUUUUUGUAAACUCUUUGGCUGUUUAGUUGUCUGUGUAUUCUGACAACACUAUGUCAAUAUUAGCCCAUGUUAAGAUGGAUGACUGAGAUGCCAGACUUCUAAAUUAAAUGUUUUGGAAUUAAAUGAAUAAAAUAAAAUGCUGCUUCGGGGAUGUUAUCUCUA